UGUUCAUUCAGCUUCACACUUUGUUACCUAGUUUUGUACUUUUAUUUGUUUUUUUGUGGUUACUUACUAAUCAUCAAGUAUCUGUUCGAAAUUGACACAAGAAGAAUUACAGGAAAGGAACAUGGCCUGAUUCCAAGUUUCACUUUACAUGAAGGAUUGGAACCAGUUUGUCUCCCUCUCUCGAUCAUGUGAAAUUAUCACAGCGGCACAUAUUGAGGGUUCUACCCCAGAGCGAAACGCCAUUUCCGUGCCUCGUAUUCCACUCUCCCAAAAGUAAAUAGAGAAACCAGCUUCUCCACCGCGACAGGAAAACGUGUUUCGGCAAUAUUCGCCGGGAGUGUUGUUGAGACGGGGAUAUCUGGAAAGGAACAUACUCGAGUUUGAAUGAAAUGCCACUCUGUGUUUUCACAACUGGUUUCGCUGUCCAUCCUGUGAAAGAUGUUGUGGAGAUCUUUAAUUCCUCUUCUUCUCAUCCUACGAUCUUCAGUCGAUGGAAAGUUUAUAGUUACAACUUCAAAAGAGCCGGUCGUUGUCACAGUCGGCCAGGAUGUUGUUCUGGAAUGCCAGCUGAUCCCAGCGGAAGCUCCUGAGGAAAUGGAAGUGCGGUGGUUCCGAAAAGACUGGAAUAACGUUGCCCAUAUGUACCGGAAGGGAAAGGAUCAGGCCGAGUUACAAAUGAAGGAAUAUUCUGGGAGAACGGCAUUGUUCCACGAGCAGUUUGCCAAAGGCAAUAUCUCCCUCCUGUUGAAGAAUAUUUCUGUGAAAGACAAUGGAGCCUUCAGAUGUUUUGUCAUCUCCAAAGCUGAGGAUGCUGAGGGAUCGAUUGAACUGAAAGUUGGAAGUGUGGGCCUUCAGCCUGUGAUGAAGAUGGCUGGCUACAAGGGCAAUAGAAUCAAUCUUGCGUGUGCAUCCGAUGACUGGUUUCCAGAACCGAGCAUAGAAUGGUGGAACAGCAAGGGAGAGAAACUGCCUGGAACCUCCAAGAAACUGGUAAAGGACGCCAGGGGACUCAUGAAAGUGGAGAGCAGUCUCACUGUGGGCGAUAGUUCCGAUAACAUGUAUCAGUGCAGCAUCACCAACACGUUGCUGAAGACAGAGCGAGAGAGCACCUUGCAGAUAUCAGGUGAAUUCUUCCCUGUGGUCUCUGGCUGGCAGGUGGCUUUCUGGAUAAUCUUUGUUAUCCUCCUGGGAGCAAUUGGUGUGGUUUCAUACUUUUGUUGGAAACAGCAGAGACAACGCAGUCUAAUGAGAGAGUUCAAAGUUCGACCUGCCAUCGAUGAAUAUGAAACAUUGUGUGCCAAGUUCGAUCAAGUAAAUGCAUGUGCUGAGGAAGAAAAGAAAAAUCUAUUAAUACAGAUAGAAAACGAAAGGCAGGCCGCCAAAUUAGAAUACGAGAAGCUUCUCCAUCAAUUAGAGUGGGACAAGAUGCUGAGAUGUGUAGCUUCAGUCACCCUGGACCCCGACACGGCGAACGGAAACCUGGACGUGUCACUGGAUCACCUGGAGGUGAAAGACGGUGGCGGGUGGCGCAACGUCACGGAGAACCCGAAACGCUUCGAGCGGUACCCGUUCGUCGUGGCCAGCGAAGGCUUCCAGUCGGGAAAGCAUUACUGGGAGGUGGAGGUGGGAGAGUCCAACAACUGGGACCUGGGCGUGGCCCGGGGCUCGGUGAGACGGAGCGGGCGCAUCGACCUGGACGAAGAGAACGGAUACUGGGUCGUCGGGCGCUACUGGGACAAGUAUGAGGUGAAAAACGUGGAGAAGACGGAGCUGAUCCUCAGCGAGAAGCCCACAAAGAUCGGGAUUUUCCUCAACUGGGAGGAAGGGUUGGUUUCGUUCCACAACGCAGACACGAAAAGCCAGCUCCACGUCUUCAGGACGCACUUUGAGGAGGAGAUCUUUCCCUUCUUCUGCCCUUGGCGGUCUCAAGAGCCAUUGAGAAUCACUCCUGUUACGCUGGAGAGCUGACCAUGAACUCUCCUUGAAGCGCAGGGGCAGAGGUGGGCAGCCUAGAGGCCUACUGUCCAUCACUUCCAUGUCCGUUAGAAACACAUACCCAACGAUUCUCAUCCCACUUUUCAGCUCUUGGCCAUGUAUGACUUAGCAGCGCAAGUGCAGGAGGUCAGAUGUCAACAUCUGUUCCCCUUUUUGUUUGUGAUGUUUCCCCGCUGUGGACAAUGCAAACUGUCCAACUGCUGACUCGAACAGCCUGAUGUUUCCUGAUGUUGUUUCUGUACGGCAGGUUGUGCUGAUCAGAACUGGGAACAAGCCAGCAACUUUAACACUGUUAGCACCGCACUUCACCCAUCUGAUCCUCCGGCAUGUCUCUUUGUACUCUCUCUCUUUUUUUACGUACUCUGUCUCAAUGUAAUCCCCUUGAGAAACACGUGGAGUGUUGGAAGGAUUUUCCAGCAGACUGACAACUAGUUGAAAUACUUUAGGAACUGCCCUCCCACAUGAAGGGUAAACAUCCUGGAUUGGCACUUGAAACCUUUUCUCAAUCAGGGACGGUACAGUUACCAACUGAACCACAAGAUGUGCCUAAAGGGGGCUGAUUCCGGUGCUGCCACCAUCCUGGAGUGGGAUUUGAACCUAGAUCGUCGUCUCUCGAGAGUUGUCCAAUAUGCCACAGCUGGCUGACAUCUGGAAUUGUGCUCAGCACAAUCUUACAUGGAGAGAUACCAGAACGUUCUGUAACCAUCACCUUAACCUCUCAGUCCUGACUACAACCAAAGUGUCCCUUCACAUCUUGAUUUGACUGGAUAAUUAAUGUCUUCUGUCUGAUAUCCAGGAGCGAUUAACCAUGGCGACUGUUUUAUUUCACCUGUUUGUACCAGAGGCAAACUGAGCAACACAUUCGUUCCCUCAGUUUUAUAUCAGCUCAUCCUUCAGGAAAUGUGAAAUUAAAUCUGUUUGUUUCAUUUUUGUUUUGCUGUUUCUCUUCAGUUGUAAUAGCAAAUGCUGAUUGGAACAACUGGACUCAGCACAUGGUGUUGCCCUGAAAGUGUGUAGCCAUGAAUUUACGGGUUUAAGUAUAACACAAGGAAACUUCUUCACUCUCCUGCCCCCAUGUCUGUCCUGACGGCCACGCCUCUGCUCUCCUGACUCACGUUUGGAAGAUUGUGUUGAGAAGGUGGGACAAGUAACUUAUGUUUCCAAUUUCGACUUACUCACAGGAUACUGGGAGGUGCCUUCAUUCAAGAUUGAUGGAAAUUUCAGCUUUUGUAACCCCGAAUGGACUGUACCAGUUUAAAGUCGUGCCAUUCAGUAAGAAGAAUACACUAACCAUAUCUUAAGGACUAACCAAUAAGGUCAUUUCCAGAUUACCCAAGUGUACAUCGACCUGAUGGGUUUUAGUCACACAUGGUGGGAACAUUUGCAGCAUCUAGCAGAAUUGUUUAAUUGACUUUGGGAGGUGGGCUCGGUGAUAAAGCUGACUAACAGUGAGUUUGCAAAAGCCCAAGUCACAUUUUCUCACCCUACCCUUGGACAAGGACAGAAGGCCCCUUGGAAUGUGAAAACAAAGGCCAUUGGGAGAGUUUCCCAUACCAUCGACGAAGAGGGCAUUGUUACAAUUGCUGGGGUUAGUGAAAAUUUUAUUGCAAAUCUGUUCUGAAUUUUAGCAGUGUUGUUGCUCCACUGACUGACCUAUUGAAGAAGUGCAGAAAAUCUCAGGGGAUGGGAGAAUAUCAGAAAAGCCUGAAAGCAGAGUUGACCUUCUCCCUGAUCUCAGCCACUCCCAAUUACACAAAAGCCAUUCAAGCAGCUAUUAAUGUGAUUGAUUUGGCUGUUGGUGCUGUACUUUUUUCCAGAAGAUGACAAGUGUCCUGAAUAUUCGUCAAAAGAAAUAUUCCACCGUUCAGAAAGAGACCUUGAGUUUGGUGCUGGCAUUGCUUAUAAUAUAAAUGUUGUAAUGUACCGGAGACAAUUGUGUCUACUGAACAUAAACCCUUAAUAUUUUUGGAAAACAUUGAAGGUACCAGCCUGACAAAAAGAAGUUUAUUAUUACAGCCGUUUACCUCAAAAAUUAUGCACAUGACAGGAUGAGAGAACGUAAUUGGCCAUGUGUUGUCAUAACUUUGAAGAAAGGUUGAGGUGUUCAGUGACAGAGGAAACUGGGCCAUUUUACAUACUUAAAGUUAAUGCAAUGUAUAUGUAUACUGAUGACAUGAAACUGACAUCUUUGAAAAUGAAGUCAGCUUUGCAUAUCGUGGUUCAUUUUUUUUUUGAGGGGGGAGGGUGUGACGAUACUGUGCCUUUAGGCGAUAUGUCCUGUGCUGUAUCCCUUGCAGAGGGGUGGUGUCACAAUGUUGCUGAAAUGCAUCAUUUAGAUGUGGAGUUGGUGAACAGCUUUGAGUUCGACCCUGUAUUUUUAUAUCGAGUAAGGCCAAAGAUUCAUGAGUGAGUGGACUCACUCUCACACAGACAUAGCCAGCUUUAGUUUGGCUUUCAGUUAGCUCAGUAGGUUUUUGCUCAGGCUGAAAGCUUGAGUUCUCUGCUGCUAGGUUUCCUGCACUGGGGUAGAAGCCAAAUUCCUCAAAUGGAUCACAGCACAUUAACAAUGCUAGAUAAUAAAGUGUGAAGCUGGAUGAACACAGCAGGCCCAGCAGCAUCUCAGGAGCACAAAAGCUGACAUUUCGGGCCUAAACCCUUCAUCAGAGAGGGGUAUGGGGUCAGGGUUCUGGAAUAAAUAGGGAGAGAGGGGGAGGCGGACUGAAGAUGGAGAGAAAAGAAGAUAGGUGGAGAGGAGAGUAUAGGUGGGGAGGUAGGGAGGGGAUAGGUCAGCCCAGGGAAGACGGACAGGUCAAGGAGGCGGGAUGAGGUGGUAGGUAGGAAAUGGAGGUGCGGCUUGAGGUGGGAGGAAGGGAUGGGUGAGAAGAAGAACAGGUUAGGGAAGCGGAGACAGGCUGGGCAGGUUUUGGGAUGCAAUGGGGGGAGGGGACGAGAUGGGCUGGUUUUGCGAUGCAGUGGCGGGGAGGGGAUGAACUGGGCUGAUUUUGGGAUGCAGUGGGGGAGGGGGAGAUUUUGAAGCUUGUGAAGUCCACAUUGAUACCAUUGGGCUGCAGGGUUCCCAAGCAGAAUAUGAGUUGCUGUUCUUGCAACCUUCGGGUGGCAUCAUUGUGGCAGUGCAGGAGGCCAUUGAUGGACAUGUCGUCUGAGGAAUGGGAGGGGGAGUGGAAAUGGUUUGCGACUGGGAGGUGCAGUUGUUUAUUGCGAACCGAGUGGAGGUGUUCUGCAAAGCGGCCCCCAAGCCUCUGCUUGGUUUCCCCAAUGUGGAGGAGGCCACAUCGGGUGCAAUGGAUACAAUAUACCACAUUGGCAGAUGUGCAGGUGCUUGAUAUGGGAGGUUAUCUUGGGGUCUGGGAUCGGGGUGAGGGAGGAGGUGUGGGGGCAAGUGUAGCAUUUCCUGCGGUUGCAGGGGAAGGUGCCGGGUGUGGUGGGGUUGGAGGGCAGUGUGGAGCGAACAAGGGAGUCACGGAGAGAGUGGUCUCUCCGGAGAGCAGACAGGGGUGGGGAUAGAAAAAUGUCUUGGGGGGUGGGGUCGGAUUGUAGAUGGCGGAAGUGUCGGAGGAUGAUGCAUUGUAUCCGGAGGUUGGUGGGAUCGUGUGUGAGAAUGAGGGAGAUACUCUGGGGGCAGUUGUGGUCGGGGGAGGGUGGUGUGAGGGAUGUGUUGCGGGAAAUGCAGGAGACGCAGUCAAGGGUGUUCUCGACCACUGCGGGGGGAAAGUUGUGGUCCUUGAACAACAUGGACAUCUGGGAUGUGCUGGAGUGGAAUGCCUCAUCCUGGGAGCAGAAGCGGAGGAAUUGGGAAUAGGGGAUGAAAUUUUUGCAGGAGGGUGGGUGGGAGGAGGUGUAUUCUAGGUAGCUGUGGGAGUCGGUGGACUUGAAAUAGACAUCAGUUUCCAGCUGUUUCACUGGAAUAAUACACGCAGAUUGGGCAGCUGCGAUCCUUAUUUGCAUAUAUCCCUUAAAAGGAAACUUGCCUCACCACCAUCCCCCCCCCGCCUUCAUGCUGCCUCCUGAUUUGUGGAGAGAUUUCCCCAGAUACACUGCAAGUAAAGUUCAAACUUCACUCUGUUUUCGAAACACUCCUCAAACUUUGAUGUGAACACGAAUAAAAGCGACGUCCAAAACUGCCUCGUGAAACCUGAAGCUUUUAUUUUUGCGAAUUUGUUUAACCCUUUGUUUACCUUUAACUCUGCAAAUAUCUCUUCAAUCUGAUACAUGACUUCGCCGGAAAUGUUAUUCAAGAUUAAGGGGUGCCAGGGAGAAGUGAAUAUUUCUCAACAAGAUUUGGAUGAGACAUUAAACUGAGAUAACCACCUCCUCUGGCUGCACGCUCCAGCGACUGACCACCCUCUGUGUCCAAAAUAAAACAGC